AUGGCCCAUGCUGGUAAUCAGAGCUUCGAAAAUCAGGAGGUGGCGCCUCCGGCAGAAGAAGUAGCGGCUGCAGCGUCAGAGGCUUCUCCGGCCGAGGCGUCGCCGGCGGUGCAAGAGGCAGUGGCUCCGGUGUCAGAGCCCGCACUGUCCGAGGCAGCGCUUCCUGCACACGCAGAGUCGGGUCCAGCGUCAGAGGCUGCACCAGCCGAGGCAGUGGCUCCGGCGUCAGAAGCCACGCCGGCCGAGGCUCCACCUAUUGCAGAAGAGGCAGCUCCAGUGCCAGCGGCUGUGCCAGCCGAGGAGGUGCCCGAGCCCGGCGAUAGCCAGAGGUUGGCCGAGGGCGGAGGCAGCCCAUCCGAGCUGAUCCAGGCUGAUGAGGUGGAGAAGCCCAGCGAGCUCCCUCCAGCAUCGGAGCAGCUCCCGCCAUCGGAGACACCCGCCUUUCAGGAGCCAGAGGAGGAGGAGGCGUCGCCCAGCGAGCAAGGCUUCCGGAGGCCGCCGCAAGUGCCGAGACUUUGGGAGGCCACGCAACUCGCCAUGCCCCCGGUAGGCGCGGGCUGCUGUGAACAUGGCCAGGAGGGCAGCUGCAAAUGGGAGCAUAACCCGAAGAAGCUACGUGGACCCUGUGAGUCCAGGUUCUGGGGAGGGGCCAGCAUCAGCUAG